AUGUUUGGGUCGCUGACUUUGAGGUAUGGGCUUUUGUUGGCCCUCAUUGCUGGGCAGUAUCAAGUUUCUGGCCAGCAGUGUGGUUCCGUCGUGAUCACGUCACAAGCGGAUGCGGACGCAUUGCGGAGCUGUCCCGAGAUCUUCGGACAUGUCACUAUCAGAACCGACGCAUCGAUCCCGGCGAUUGAACUCGAGGGAGUGAAGGCUAUCCAUGGCGACCUUGUAAACGACUCUCAAUGCGGAUGGGUAAUGGCGCAAUGCAUCGGAUUCAACCACAACAUCACAAGCAUCUCUUCCAGUACGCUCAUGAGAGUUAAUGGCUCGGUUAUACUGAGAAACGACGGAUGGAUCACGAGCCUCAGCUUUCCAGAACUGAAAUCGGUUGGCGGUCAUUUCUUCAUUCGUUCUUUGGAAAGUUUGAAAUUUCUCGACGUCGAUCGACUAGAUUCGGUGGGCUACGUGGGACUCAUGUCGGCAUCCAGACUGACAACAUUAAAAUUGGGCGCCUGUCGGGAUAUCACUGGUAUCACUUAUCCUGACGGAUCGAUUGAUCGAAGCAUGGAUAUUGGACUGGGCGGUCUUGAGUCUCUUGACGCAUUUUUCCAGGAACCGCAACUCAGCGUUGACCGAGCCUACAUACAAAACGCGAGUAAGGUGAAGCGUCUUCAAAUCGGAGCUGCGAAAAUUGGCACGCUGGAUUUCGACUGGGUUGCAGUUGGAGAACCAAGCAACUUCACACUUGUGCUGGGUGGAUCUGGCGUCACUGAGCAGAUCAUUGGCAACAUUGAAACAACACACAGCCUCAGUAGCAUUGAGCGGCUACCAAACCUUAAGAUCUUGAGUGUGGGUAGCUAUAGCAGCUUGGGUGGCAACUUUUAUAAGCAUCUCGAUUUACCUUUCGACCACCUGGGCAAUCUCACGAUCGUCAACGAACGGGACCUGGUAUGGCUUUCUGUCCCACCACAGGCAGCUCAGUGGGAAAACUUUGGUCUCCUCUUCCGAAGCAACGACAAUUUGAAUUUGUCUACAGAGUAUCGAGUCUCCGAGAAUGGUGAGAUGAUACGGUCGUGGUAUUGGCCUCAACCUGGCAUGGGAUUUGUUUCCAUGACUGGCAACUUCUCCAACCUGUUUUUCGAUUCCUACUUUCAAUUUCGAAACACUCUUAGUGGCCAGGCCUUCUACAACCGGACGGAAGACCUUAAACUCCGUGCUGGGGGUCCCUUUUCACGUGAACCUUUCGAAAAGCUUUACAAGAAGAUACGCCGGCAACAUUUAUCGUGCUACGCUCAGGAUCCCAUUGACUUGGACUCAGGAGGUCCCGUCCAAGCCAAGUCCCUUGCAUUCGGAUGGAUUGUGGCUGGGGCUAUUGUUACACUUGGAAUUGCACUUGUUUGA